AGCACAAUUAAAUUUAUAGCCUAGCACAAUUUAGCACAAUUUAAAGCCUAUGUAGUAAUCUAACUCAUAUCCUAACACAUUUAUCAAUAUCAAAAUUAUUCAAAUGUUCCUAGUUACUAGUAAUUCGAGUCUAUCAGUAAAUUAAACUCAGCCUGUAUUUAUAGUAAUUGAAGCCUAUAUAACAUAAUUCAAAUGAUAGCUUGGCAAAUUCCCGCCCAGAAAGGAAUCAUCGCGCCAGUUGGUGUUGACAGCAACGAGUGAAGAGUGUUGAGUUUAUUGUGAUUUAUAUUUCGUGACUUACUGAAUAUACAAGAACAAUUACGUGUCAGUGGGCAAGAGGACAGGUGCGGUUAAUUUCCGGGAAUUAUUCAGAAGCUGGUCAAGAUUCACAUAACACACUUGCUGUGACAAGGAACACCAGACAUGGAGACCAUAAAAGUGGCCUGCUACACCUGGAAUGUGGAGACAACUUGGCCCGACCAAGACCUGCAUUCCCUGUUAGGGGUGAGCAAGGGUCCUGUCAUCAAGCGAGGUCUGGAUGCUGCUCUUCCGGACAUCUACAUCAUUGGGCUGCAGGAGGUGAAAUCACAGCCUCAGAAUGUGAUAAUGGAUGCGCUGUUUGAGGAACCAUGGACCAAUGCUCUCAGAGAAGUGGUUGGGCCACACAACUAUGUGCGAGUGACCGGUGAGAGGCUCCAGGGCAUUGUGACCAACAUCUUUGUGAAGAGGCACCACCUGCCCCAUCUGAGGGACAUCCACACCUGUGUUGUCAGGACUGGCUUUGGAGGACUAUGGGGUAACAAGGGGGCCACCAGCAUCAGAUUCUCCCUGUAUGGGUGUUCAGUGUGUGUGGUAAAUUGCCAUUUGGCUCCACAUGAUGCUGGCUACAAGGAGCGAGUUGACCACUUCAAUGCCAUAGUGGACGGCACUCAGUUCCCUGUUCAGGAGACCAGCAACAUUCUCUAUCAUGAUUAUGUCUUCUGGCUUGGGGACAUGAACUUCCGGUUUGAGGGACACAUGACCACAGAAGGCAUUGCAAAGUUCAUCACAGACAACAACUGGUCAGCCUUGGCUGAUGUGGAUGAGCUGAAGCAGGCACAGAAGAGUGGUGAUGCCUUCUCCAUGUUCAUUGAGGGACCGCUCACCUUCCCUCCCACGUACAAGUACCUGGAAGACACUCAGGAAUAUGAUUUGACACGGCGGCCGGCAUGGACAGACCGCAUCCUCCAUCAGGUCCAUGUUGACGCCUAUGAGAAUGUGAAGCUUGGGGUGGAGCAGACGACCUAUGAGGCUGCUCACGAAUACAGGCAGUCCGACCACAGGCCAGUCCGAGCUCAUUACAAGAUCAAGAUGUUUGCCAACCAUGAGGAGCGCUGCAUCCACUUUGAGCAGCCAGUUUCAUGGGUGAUUGGUGAAGGUGGUCUGGUGAAGUUCACCCUCGACUCUGAUGUGGUCACUUCCCCUGCUGACUACAUUGCCGUCUAUAAGGUUGACUUCACCUCGGUGCACCAGUACGUGAUCUACAUGUACUUGCCACAGAUGCCACCAGGGAGCCCACAGCCACACAAUUAUGAGUUUAUGUUCAAUGACGAAUUGCUCCAAGAGGCAGGAAUGUACCGUGUACUGUACUACUCGGGCAAAUACAGCUGUUACCUGGGCAUGAGUGACCCCUUCCCUGCCCUCCCUCAGUCAUAGGGAGCUGGGUGAGUGCUCUCAGGGUGUAUUAUUUUAUGCUAUUUGAAACCUCAUCUGUUGUAGAGUUCCAGAUUGAUUUGAUCUGUUUUCUUUUUAUUUAUGUUUGAUGUAAAGUUCUUAUUAUGAUAAUUUAUUGAAAUGGCUAUACAAGUGUUAUGAUUAAUGAAUUUU